CAAUAUCCCUAUAAAUAUAUGGUAUCAUCCAUAACUCUUUCUUACACCAAAGCAAGAUAUUGUAAGAAAACAAACAAGUUACACUCUAACAAUGGCAGAAAUGAUGAUGAAGGUUUUAUGUGUUGUGGUGGCUUUCAUGGUGGUGUCAGCGCCUUAUACAAUGGCUAUUACUUGUGAUGACGUUGUUAACAAGUUGACCCCAUGCGCAAACUACCUGAAGAAGGGUGGCGCAGUGUCAGCGGCAUGUUGUAAGGGUGUUAAGGGACUGCAUGCGGCAGCUAAAUCAACCCCUGACCGGAAGACCGCCUGCGUUUGUAUGAAGGAAGCAUAUAAAUCAAAUCCCGGCAUCAAACCAGAGCACGCUCUUGUUCUUCCAAAAAAGUGUGCUGUUAAUAUUCCUUACAAGAUCAGCCUUAAAACCGACUGCUCCAAGGUGAAGUGAUCAGCCUUAUAUUGAAUGUAUGGACAUGGAGACAUGCGUUUGGGUUCCGAAUAUGCAAAAACAUGUAAUAACAACUAUCGGUAAAAUAAAAACAAUAGAUCUGGUUCUCCAUUAGGUUCUUGUUUUGUAUGUCGUUGACAUAAUACAUUGUUCAUGUUAUUAUAUUAUGCAGUAAGUAUGGUUUUCUUCAUAAAUGAUAAAUGUGUUGCAUUUGGUUUUAUAAAAACACA